GCUCUUGCAGAUCAAACCGGUUCGCGUUGCAUUCAACCGAGUUAAAUCCGCCAUUAGAGCCAGGGCGAACGCUUUGUGUUGUUGUCUUUUUUUUAUUACAAAUCUGCUGUCUCGUUACAGCAAUAUGAGCGACAACGAGAAAGAUUUCAAGGAGGAGAGGGAUUCGCGGCAUGGCUCGAGGAGUGCGUCCCCUCAGGGCUCUGCCAAAUCCACCAGCCGCUCUCCAGCGCGCUCCAAAGGCUCUCGACGCUCCAGGUCCAGAUCUCGUUCUCGGUCCAGAUCCAAGUCCAGGUCCCGGUCCCAUCGAAGCUCCCGCAGGCACUACUCCCGCUCUCGUUCCCGUUCCCACAGACGCCGUUCCAGGAGCCGAUCUCGUAGCUGGGAGUACAGGCGGCGUAGGAGCCACAGCCAUUCUCCCAUGUCAAAUCGUCGCAGACACAUCGGCAACAGGGCCAACCCAGACCCCAACAACUGUAUUGGUGUGUUUGGACUGAGUCUGUACACAACCGAGAGGGAUCUGAGGGAGGUUUUCUCUAAAUACGGCCCUUUAGCUGAGGUCAACAUCGUAUAUGACCAGCAGUCAAGGCGCUCAAGGGGCUUUGCUUUUGUCUACUUUGAGAACUGUGAAGACUCUAAGGAGGCCAAAGAGCGUGCGAAUGGGAUGGAACUUGAUGGUCGCCGGAUCCGUGUUGAUUUCUCAAUUACAAAACGUGCCCAUACUCCCACUCCUGGAAUCUACAUGGGGCGUCCAACCUAUGGUGGUGGAGGUGGCAGCAGCAGCGGGGGUGGUGGUGGUAGUAGCAGUGGCGGCGGCGGCGGCGGUGGUGGAGGAGGAGGAGGAGGAGGAGGUGGCAGCAGUGGUGGUUCAUCACGUCGCACCUCCAGGGACUACGACAGGGGAUAUGACAGAGGCUACGAUAGAGGUUACGACCGGGACUAUGAUCGCUAUGAAGAACGAGAUUACAGGUCAUACAGACGCAGAUCUCCGUCUCCUUACUACAGCCGAGGGUACCGUUCAAGAUCACGCUCAAGAACCUACUCACCACGUCACUACUGAGAAGAGAGGAAGGAAGAGUCAAUGACACGUUCGGUGUUAUGGCUUGGAUGCUUGUCUUUUUGUCUUUUUAUUUUUCCAGAUUGAGUAUACAUAGAAGUAUUGGAAUGUUUAUGUAUGAAAGAUUUGAAAAUCGUCCUGAAAUUGAAGUCUAUAGGAGCACCGUGAUGUCCCUGAGUGAAUUUGUCACAACCAAAAUUGCAGUAAGAAUCACAAACUCUAAUCCAACCAAAGGGCUGGCUUGUUUAAGCUUGACUCGGCAAGUUAGUUUUUACAUGUGCAGGAGGUUCUGUGGGUGUUAAAUUACAGUUUCUUAUCUUGCUGUUUUUAUGUAGUUAGUUUGGAAUCCGGAUGUUUUUAAUUUAAUUUUUUUUUUCCAGGUGGAAAAUACUUUCUUGUGUUGUGUAAAUACAGAUCGACUUUGGUCAUGUGCUCUGUUAUAGGACUGUGUAAAGGUCGUGUUGCAUUAUGGUUUUAAAGGCAGGAGUGCUGUAGGUAUUGUAACAUAAAGUCACAUCAAACAACUGAAACUAUUGUUCUGAUUAUAUCUUUGUUUCUGUUAUUGUUGUUGCCGUGUUUCUUUUGCCAUGAAAGAAAUAAAGAAAUUACCGCUUGGA